UUUUUUUUAUAUGUACAUGUCAGUAUGAGUGAAGCCAAUAGACUUGAAACAUGGGGCAAUGAAGAAACCAUGAAUAUGAACCCAAUUAUAUAUCAAAAUAUUUUAGAAUCGCGUUAUUUCAAAGCUCUAUAUGAAAAAUCUACCUUUCAUGAAGUCAUCAACGAAAUAUACAACGAAGUGACGAAUAUGGCACCUUUUGUGACUGGAACAACUCCUUCCACUGCAUUUUGUUGUUUAUACAAGUUAUGGACUAUGCGACUUACUAUCAAACAAUUGGAACAUAUGAUUGAUCAUAAAGAUUCUGUAUAUAUUCGUGCUGUUGGAUUCAUGUAUUUGCGUUAUGUUUGUGCACCCGCCCAAUUAUGGGAUUGGCUUGGAUACUAUUUGGAUGAUGAAGAAGAAAUCAAUGUUGCCAAUGGUCCCAAACCUCAUAUGAUGACAAUUGGUGGAUUGUGUCGUAUGCUGUUAACUGAACAAAAGUAUUUUGGAACCAUGCUACCUCGUAUCCCUGUACCUAUUGCUCGUGAUUUGGAACAAAUGUUGAUUGCUUACGACAAAGAAAAGACAAGAGAUACAAAGGGUGAUCAAGGAAUUACCAGUCGUCGAUCACGAUCUCGCUCACCUUCUCGAUCUAGUCGUCGUGAUCGUAGUCGUAGCCCCUCUCGUCGCCAUCGCCGAAGAAGUCCAAGUCCUUAUCAUCGUCGUCGACAUGACAGCAAACGACGAGAUGAACGUGAUGAGUUAGAUGAUUAUGAAAGACGGUCUCGACGUCGACAUGAUAGUCAUAGACGACGGGAGGAACGGGAUGAAUUGGAUGAUUAUGAACGACGACGACGACGAUACGAACGUAGCCGAUCUCGCGAUGAUAGACGUUCUCGAUACAGUGAUGAUGAUAGUAGUGAUGAUGAUAGAAGACGGCGACAACGACGAAGAAGUCCAAGUGUUACUAGGGAUCGUCAAAGUGAAUAUAGAGGAUCAAGAGACCGUCGAUAUUGAAUGACCUGAAUCUUAGUUAGUUAGCUAG